AUGGAUCGAAGUCCUUUGGACUGUUACGUUUGUGCCAAGGAACUAUCUUCGCCUCGUAUAUUACCAUGCCUGCAUUCAAUAUGCUCCACUUGCUCACCGUGCUGUUCGACGGCAAGCACUCACUCGUCCAAUUCAUCAUCCCUUCCAUGCACUCCAGACCGUCUGGCAGAAUUUCUCAUCGAGACUUCACAUGAAACAGCUGAGGUGUGCGCGAAUUGUGAUCAGAUCAAACAACCCAUGUACUACUGUGAGACCUGCCAGCAAGCACUGUGUUAUGAUUGCCGAAACACUACGCAUAAGGUUCGUUAUAGCAUUUCCUUGUGA